UUUUGUCAAUCUAACAUGUUGGUACUUCCAUCUUGGUUCUCGUGGCAGGUACCAAUUCCUCCGGGCAAUGUGUAUGCAAUCAAUGAUACUCUUUCAGCUGAGGAAGCAGCCGAUGACUAUGAGACACGUAUCAGAGAAUUGGUCGACAAAAAUUUGAUUACUUUAUCACCGAGCAGUGGAUUUCCAAAAUUUGAUCUGGUGCUGCUGGGCAUGGGCCCUGAUGGCCACGUAGCUUCUUUGUUCCCAGGGCAUCCUCUUGUGCAGGAGAAUAAAAGAUGGGUUACCUUCAUCAAGGACUCACCCAAACCACCCCCAGAAAGAAUAACUCUCACAUUUCCAGUGAUUAAUGCCUCUGCUUACGCAGCGCUUGUGGUGACUGGCAAGAAGGAAGCAGAUGCAAUUCACUCCGUGUUAGGAAAAUCUGAAAAUCCUAUUAAGCUUCCUGUUGCAUUGGUUUCCCCUGAAGGGGAGUUGAAAUGGUUCUUAGACAAAGACGCAGCCUCAAAGCUGUAGAUGGAGCAGCUAGGCCAGUUGAUCUAUAUGUUGUGCUAGUUAUUUUGAACUUUGCAAUGUUUAGUUUGUGUAAGAGAAGUGUUGAUUUCCUAUUCCCAGUGACAGUUAGCAUUGGACGGGUCGUUAGUUAUUGGUGACAAUAAAGGGAAUAUUAAGUUAUGUUGCUUCAAAAUAUCUCAUUUCUUCUCCACAAAUUUCCAAUCAAUAAUGUGCACCAACCCCACCCUCUCAA